UGUGGUUAAAUCGGAGUAAUGACGUCAUAAGGUGAGUUAAGUCACCGGAAAGUGCAAUUGGGUAGUAAUCGGUCCUAUUUAGGUGAAUUAGGGGUAGUAAUUAACAAAUUUUUUUUAGGGGUAGUAAUUCACAAAACCUCUGUUUUUGAGGUAGUAAUUAACUAAAUUUCCUAUAUAUAAAUUCACAUUAAUCUAUAAAAGAUGAUAUAGUCAUGUGAAAUCUUGUUAAAUUCGUCUAAUUGUAUAUUCUAUUAAUAUAAAGUUUUUUAUUUUUUUUUUAAGAAAAAUUAAAACUAAUAAUCUCACAUUUGGCUCAUCUUCUCAAAACAAUCAACCUUUGCGUAUUUUAGAAAUAAACCCACCUUAUACCCCCAUAUUCUCAAAAUGAGCCAUUUUACCUUUAACCUGUAAAACAAGUUAGAUUUUUUCUAUUUUUAGUUUUUUUUUUCCUUUAAUCCCUCUUCUCUCACCUUACCCCCUCCAUACCUGUCAACCACCUCCACACCACCACCCAAAAUCUUAAUUCGACAGCACCACCACCACACACCAACUACCACGCAAACACCACCACACAACCACUUGUCCCUGCUCCACCGUCCACAUCAACAACAACCACAACUCACAGCUAAUCCCCACCUUUUGCAACCCCCAUACUCAACCUCAACACAAAACUCCAACUCCCCUGCACUACCUUCUCUUACGAACGCGCACCACCUACGAGCUCAGCCACCACCAAACACUUACCCCCAACCGCCGCACAACCCCGACAACCGCAACAUUUGCCUCGCUAUUCACCCAAACCAACAAUAACAACAGCGCAGCCAGCCAACAUUCACCUCCCCACCAAUUUAUUCAUUCUUACCACUCAAAAUCCUCUUUCUCUUUCUCCUCCUCCUUUGAAGCUCUCAUCAAACCUCCCACCUCCCCCACUCCUUCAUUCGCAGAAUUGGGGCUGACUUGUGGGGCUUCAAUUAAUCUGAAAUUGGGCUGAAUUGGGGCUGCAAUUGCUAAAUUGGUGAACCAAAAUUUUGACGUGGCUGCUGUUGGGAUUAGUGAUCGGUUGUUAGUGUUAGGAGCAGCGGAAGCGGCACUGCUGGAGGUGUUAGUUUGCGGCAGUGGCAGUUCGGUGGCUAGUUGGUUACGCUUUUGUUGUUGUUGGUUUGGGUGAAUGGUUCAGGUGGGGAGUGACGGGGAAGGGGAGUUGAUUCCGGAAGGGAAGUGUUGCAAGUUGGGGUUUAGGAAGGUGGAUUUAUUUUUUUUUCCGGUGUGAGGGUGGAUGGAUGUGGUGGUGGUGAAUUGGGUAGGAGGGAAUCAAGGAGGGCGGCUGUGGUUGGGUCAGGCUGGCCCGCUGGUCUGGUUGUUCCGGUAGGCAACUGAUCCGACGAAGGAGGGGUGGCUCCGACAGAGGAAAGAAGAAGAAGGUUUUUUUUUUCCCUUUAUUUUUUAAAAAUAAAAAAAUAAAAAUAAGAAGACAACACGUGGCAAAAUACCUUCUAAAUCGAUUACCAAUUUCACUAACAGGUAAAAGGCUCAUUUGAGAAUAUGGGGUAUAAAGGUGGGAUUAUUUCUAGAAUACGCAAAGAUGGGAUUGUUUUGAGUAGAUGAGCCAAAGGUGGGAUUAAUAAUUUCAAUUUUUCCUAAUUUUAUGCUUAUAGAAUUAAAGACGAUAUAUAUACGCUUUAAGACGCAUCUCAAAGACCUUAAAAAGUUAAAUGGGGCAAAAAAAUAGGAAUAUAGGGAGUAGUAAGUAAUGUAUUUAUUUGAAUAUAAAAGGGAGUACAGUUGUACAUUUAGUCGGAUCAUCUCAGACGCUCCAAAACUACAGUGUUGACUCCACCAUGUGCAUGUCACAUCUAAUGAAUGGGAUUUCUUCCACUUAAACAGAGUAUAAAAGCAAGCAACUUAUACUAAGCUUAUUCAUGUAUCCCUCAAACAUAUAUUAACACCAAAAAUUCAAAUUUUAGCUUAUAAUAAAUUUCCUUCCAAAUUGAUAAACAAUGGGUGACAAACCACAAAGCCUUCAGGUAGUCCUCUUUCCGCUUUUAGCUGCUGGCCAUAUGAUCCCAACCUUAGACAUCGCGAAGCUUUUUGCAACCAACAAUGUCAAAACUACCAUCCUCACAACCCCUCUCAACGCACCAAUUUUUACUAAAGCACUUCAAUCGACGACCUACAAUAAUCCCAGUAGUCUUCCAAUGAUAGAUGUUGAAAUCGUACCAUUCCCAUCCAAAGAAGGUGGUAUUCCGGAGGGAAUAGAAAAUUGUGACCAAAUAUCAUGUAAUGAAUUAUCUAUCAAAUUUUUCAAGGCGACCCAGUUGCUGCAAAAAUCACUUGAGCAAGUGAUGGAGAAAUACAAGCCUAGUUGCCUAGUCGCGGAUUUGAUGUAUCCUUUUGCUACCGAUGUUGCAGCCAAAUUUAAUGUGCCAAGGUUAGUAUUUCAUGGAAGUAGCUACUUUGCAUUUUGUGUGGAGCACGCGUUGAUGAAGUACGAGCCUCAAAAAUCUGUCUCGUGUGACGAUGAGGAAUUUGUUGUCCCUGAACUUCCUCAUGAAAUAAGACUUACAAGAACUCAGCUAGUAGCUGCUGUUAAAGAGCUAGGCAUGGAAGAGUGGAUGAAAAUAUAUGGUCGUGCUAUGGAGGCCGAGGAAAGGAGCUAUGGCAUCAUUGUGAAUAGCUUUCUUGAGCUCGAGCCAGAUUAUGUUGAUUACUAUACAAAGGUUAUGGGAAAGAGGGCAUGGCACAUUGGUCCUGUUUCACUCUGCAACCGCGAAAAAGAAGCAAAGUUUCAAAGGGGGAAGGAUUCCUCAAUUGGUGAGCAUGAGUGCUUGAAGUGGCUCGAUUCGAAGAAGCCUAAGUCGGUUGUUUAUGUUUGCUUUGGUAGCAUAGCUGAAGUCUCAACUUUGCAACUCCAAGAGAUUGCGAGGGGCCUAGAAGCUUCUAAACAAGAUUUUAUAUGGGCAGUGAGGAGGAGCGACAAUGACGAGGUUGAGAAAAAUGAAGAGUGGCUACCACAUGAAUUUGAGAAAAGGAUGGAAGGAAAAGGACUAAUUAUAAGGGGAUGGGCGCCUCAAAUGCUAAUUUUGGACCACGAAGCUAUAGGAGCAUUCGUGACGCAUUGUGGGUGGAACUCGACAUUAGAAGGUAUAUCAUGUGGGGUUCCUAUGGUAACUUGGCCAGUGUUUGCCGAGCAGUUUUAUAAUGAAAAGUUGGUGACUCAAGUUUUGAAGACCGGGGUUGGUGUCGGAGCUAAAAAAUGGAGUAGAAUAGCGGAGAACGUAAAAUCGGAAGAUGUAAAGAAAGCUAUAACAAAAGUUAUGGUGGGUGAAGAGGCUUUGGAGAUACGAAGCAGGGCAAAAAAGAUGAAAGAAUUAGCAAGGAAGGCUGUUGAAGUUGGCGGAUCAUCGUAUUGUGAUUUGAAUUCCUUAAUACAAGAAUUGAGCUCGUAUAAUGCUCGUAUAAUCGCAUGAAUCAAAUUUAUCUUUGAUAAGUACUUCUAAUGUAAGUGUGAUCUCCUUGAUAAGUACUUCCUUUGGAUUGUAUAUAUUAUUAUUUAUUAUAUCCGGUAAAGUUGUCACCGUUUCUUUUUCAA